GUUAUUCCGCGGCCGUCCGUUUCAUUUUCGAAACGCCUCUGGAAGCCGAGGGAACGCGAAGUGAGAGAUAGGCGCACGCGAUCCGCUCGUUCGCCCGCCGGAAAUCCAGCCGACCGAGGGCGCACGGCAGCUAGCAUGCUAACUUCCCCCAACUCCCCGGUUCUCUUCACCUGUUAGCUAACGGCCGUAGCUUGUCAGUUAACCUGUCCGGCGUGCCCCCCGAGAGACUGAGCCGCGCUGGACGUGCGAAGGCUAGAACGCUGCCGUUCACGAAGUUGCGCCACCGGUGCCGGAUCAGCCGAGGUAGACCAUGCUAGCUAACGUCAGCCUCCGUGUUUUUUGGUUGUUGUGACGGUUUGGGACCAACGAGUUAUGGUCGGGGCAGCGCUCCGAACGACGCUGCGCAACGCUGACCGCCCAAUCUACAACAAAGGCGGUAGCGGAGCCUGCCCCUGGCGCCCAAUUAAGCUCGACAUUAUCUGUCCAUCGUCAAUGGACACCGUUGCCUUCUCUUCCCUAGCCCUACAAAGCGGCCAGAGUUAGACUGUUAGCACACUUGUAUGGCGACCGAAUUUACCUUUGUUUUAAGACAACCCCCCCCUGCUGUUUCACAGGACACUGUUGGAGUACCCCCCCCCCCAAAAUAGAAGAAAGAGUAAAGUGAAGGACUCUUCUUUUAGUUGCUCUCACCAGCAGUGCUCUGUCUCUCAGCAAGCCUCCUUCCUCUGUGAGACACAAGCCUUCUGAGAUUCCUGACCUGCACUGACACCCAUCAGCCAGGAGAAUGUUACCCCUGCUGAGCCCUUAGUGGUGCCACAAGGAUAAAACUGGAUCCUCAGCAACACCUUCUCAACAACCGAAGCCAUUUCUGUCCUCAGGCAUUGUUCCAAGCAGUCCAGAUAGUUUCUGCUCCCCACAUAAGCGAGCCCAACACACCCCUAUGGCUUCCAAAGCCUUCAAGUCAAUGACUCCAAGUUCAAACCUGGAUGCAAGUGAGAAUAGCCCGUUCUCCUCCUCUGAGUGUGAUCAGCUGGCUAAACCCAAGGUCACCUUACCCAGCAAAGAAAGACACAGAAAAGGGAAUCUGGAAAAAGGCGAAGAGACAGGGGAAUCGCAGGAGUUUGGAAAAACCCAAAGGCAGGAAUCAAACACGGACUGUGCUCUUCAGUGCAAAGGAACUUCUUCAAUUAAAAAGUCUAUUCCAGGGACCGACAAUAGCACAUCACUGAAAAUGCGAAGAGACUCUGCAAAAAGUGACGAUGCCAAGAGACUUUGUUCCCAGAAGAAAAAUUCUGUCCCUCCAUGUAAAUCACACUCUUCUUCUGGCAAAUCACUGGUGUCUAAACCUUUGUUGAUGCAGUCAUCCAACUUGGAAGUUUCACCAAAGCCUACAGAUCACCAUCGAUAUACAGAACUGUCAUCUGGUCAGUUGACAAGUGUGAUAUCAUUGCCCAUACCUACAUCCAACAAAUUAUGCUUAUCAUUGAGACCAAGGUCCAUUUCAGCCAGACAUCGAUCAUUGGGGGUGAAGCCAGCCUUCAGUCAGAGCCCCUCUGUGGCAGUGAAGGAGUUAACAUUGCCUACAGAUGAUAAACAUAGAUGGCCGAAAGUUGGAGAAAACAGCAGCUCAGACUGUAGCAGCAGGACUCCCAUGCUGGCCAUAAAACGAAACUCUGGUCCUCUGAGUGGUCACAGACCAACGCGAAAAAAAAUAGCUUGCCCACGGAGACGUUUGGUAAUAUCGAGGGACAAUGAUGAUCUCUUCACCCCUGAACCUGUGUCUUAUGUGGUGACGUCUAUACACAAUCAAACAAAGUCCGGUACUGAAAGGGAAGUUAACAGUUCUCCUUCCUCGUCCACAACAGGUACACUCAGCACUCCUAAAACCCAGAACUCCAGACUAAGUCUGUCCUCACCUGUGCUUGAUACCAAAAUCUCCUCCUCUUCAUUACCUCUCCCAAAAGUCUUUUUACCCAUUGUACGACUAGAGCGAUUGGAAUUAGAAAAUUACCUUCCUUCUAAAGACAUUGGACUCAAGAACAGCGAGGCUGUGUUCUCAGUUGGACAGAGCAAAGAGGACAUGGUUCAAACCGACAAGUGGCCCACAUUUUCUCUCACCCCCCAAAAUUUAGGAACACAGAAGGACUUUGCUCUCGAGGCAGAAGCCGCUCCCUCCAAAGGCACUACCUUAUCUCAUUGUUCUCCCUCGACACCCCCGGCGAGUCAGGGGGGGGAGAGAGAUGCAAAGCAUGUGGACCCAGAUGACCCCCUGGAUGUGGAGCUAGGCUUAGACCUGACUUUUGAUGUAGAUUUGGAUACAACCCAGAACUCUUGCAGCAGUGAGGAUGAGCAGCUCCUGUCCUUGGAGGAAAUGAUGGGGCGCAUAGCCAAGCCCCCAGUCGCACUAGAAGAAGGAGCCUCCAGUAGUCACUCCAAACCUUGUGUUCCCCAACAGCCAGAGUCCCAUACAACAAAAGUAGGCAUCUACAGGAACAGUCUGGAUCAGAUUCUGAAGGAGAUGAACAGCAGUAAGAGGUCUAAAGAGGUUGAAAUGAAACUGCUAAGUGCCUGUAAAGAGGGUCUUUUGGUAAUAGCUGAGGCAGAGGAGAGCAUCUCAACAGGACAGCAGGAGUUCCUGCAGCGGUACUCGGUGGUGUCCAGUGCCAACAGGGAUGUGCAUCCGGGUGAAGUGGUUUUCAACCUGGAGAAUUUUGGCCGACUCUUUAACCAGCACACGCUGCAGCUCCGACAGUGCAAUGUCAGUCCACUGGAGACUGCACAGAAAACACUUCUUUGGUCCAGUCCUGCUCAGCUAAGGCUGAACAUCAACAUUGGCUUGUUUCAGGAAGCCUACAACUUGUCGUCCCCUUGCCCACCCCAGGUCACCCGUUUCCUCUUCAAGAUGAUGUCAGUCCACACUGAAAGGUUAAUCUCAGAGCAAAUGCUAGAAGCUCUCUUUGACAUUGCCUGUAAAGCUGCAUGCGAGAUAGUGAAAAAUCAAAGUCAGUGUUUUGAAGUGUGGGUCCCCACUGUGGCAGAUGUGGUACUGGUCCUGAUGAAUAUGGGAGUUCCUUUCAUCACGUUGUUCCCUCUUGAAAACCUUCAGCCUCCGUUCACUGAGGGAGACCUGCUGGAAGACAUCCACAUCAGCAGCGAAAGUCCCUCCAGACACGCUGAACUUUGCCAUUUCCCCACACACAACUGUACCAACAUCCUCAAGUACCUGGCCUACUGCACAUCCCUGUGUCCGCAGGCUUACAGUGACUAUGAGCUGCUUCUUCUGCUGACUGUGGUGAGCAAGGUGGGCUUGGAGGUGGAACUUGCUCUUCAGCCCUCCGUGGACUUAAACGUCUUACAGUGGCACGUCAUCAACAACAUCAGGGACUGGGAGAACAUGCUACCCAAAAUCUGUCUGGCCCUCACUGAUCUGACAGAUGACCAUCACAACAUGUGUCAGCUGGUUCACUUGCUGCCUGUAAACAUACGUGGAAAGGAACUGCGGAGACACCUUGGUUUAUGCAUGAUAUCUAAACUCUUGGAUGGAAGUUGCACUUACAGGCCAAAUUGCAAAGAUUUCAAGCUGUCUGACCUUGGGAGAUAUCUGCCCCGUAUGCAACCCUCCACACUCCUCAGAGGGGUCCUGAGCUCCUCCAGAAAGAGCAAUAAAGAACAAGAGGAGGAGGACAUGGUCGUUUUAGAUGAACAGAGCUACUACCUCUGCUACAGCCUUCUGACCUUGGCAAAUGAGGUGUCCAAUUUUUACUUCGAUUCACCUCAUCAGAAGGAGCAACUGCUGUUACUGUGUUCACAACUGGAAAGGUACAUUACAAGUGACAUCAGAGAAAGCGAGAAGCAUCUGUACCGCACCAAGGUGAAGGAUCUAGUUGCCAGGAUCCACACCAAGUGGCAGGUUCUCCUCCAGAGGACCAGGCCCCUCCAUGGUAAGCUGUACGACUACUGGCAGCCGCCACCUGGCGAUAUGAUGACUGACAGGCAGAGAGAUGAGAUGGAGGAAGGUGGUGAUAAUGAUGAUGAUGAAGCUACCGCAGAGUGGCAAGAGGUUGUAACGGGGGAUGAAGAAGGGGAGGAGAGGGAAGGGACAGAAGUAAAUGACAUUGCCAAGGAAGAUGAUGGUGGUGGUGAGAAGGAGAAGAUAGUAGAUGAGGAAGAGCUGGAGGAGGCUUUACUCACUGUACAACACUUAAUGGAGGUUGAGGUGGUGAAGGGUGAACAAGAGUCGGGUAAACUGGAAGUAAAACUGAGAGAAGAGCCUGCAGAGAGGGAAGCUGAGGUAGACAAGGAAACGGCUCAGGCGGUUGCCUGGCUUGAGCAAGAGAAGGAAAUGGAACCAGCAUUUCAGGAGUGGAACUAAAGAGACACCAAAGGUGUGACCCCUGCAAUACCAGGAGUGAACUGGAUCAGACUGAUGUGGAGACUGAGUGACAAAAGAGAGCCUCCUACCUCGGCCAGGCUACCUGUCUUUCAGUGUAAGGAAUGUUCUUUAUCAUCAGGGCUGCCUUUUGUUAUUUUGAAUUUUAUUUAUUUUUCCCCCUUUUUCUCCCCAGUUGUAUCCGGCCAAUUACCCCACUCUUCCGAGGCGCCCCGGUCGCUGCUGCACCCCCUCUGCCGAUCCUGGGAGGGCUGCAGACUACCACAUGCCUCCACCGAUACAUGUGGAAUCGCCAGCCGCUACUUUUCACCCGACAGUGAGGAGUUUCACCAGGGGGACGUAGUGCGUGGGAGGAUCACGCUAUUCCCCCAGUUCCCCCUCCCCCCCGAACAGGCACCCCGACCAACCAGAGGAGGCGCUAGUGCAGCGACCAGGACACAUACCCACACCCGGCUUCCCACCCGCCGACACAGCCAAUUGUGUCUGUAGGGACGCCCUACCAAGCCGGAGGUAAUAUGGGGAUUCGAACCGCCGAUCCCCGUGUUGGUAGGCAACGGAAUAGACCGCUAUCCUACCCGGGUGCCUAGGGCUGCCUUAAGAUUAAGCCUACCUUAAUCAAUCAAUCAAUCUGUGUUUUAUGUAGCGCUUUACAUAAACAUAAAAAAAACAAAAACUGUCUAUCCAUGAGCAGCUUUAAAGAGGAGUUUUGAUUUGAUUUGACCUUUGACACGGGGGCCACCUGUCAACAGCUACAUUAAAGUCUCCUCCUAUUAGCAAGUAAGCGCCUGGAUAUUUAGAUGCUUUUUCAUUUGCACUAUUUGAGACUUGUUGAAUGUUUAGUCCGGGUUUGUGGACUAAAAACAAGGUGGAUUCAGUGAUAACGUUUGUGUAUGUUCUCAGUUAUUGCCGUCCGUUGUGCUGCUUUGUGUUAUGCUCUCGUGAGCUGUGUUGGAUGCAGGUGUUUAAACAAACUCAUUGUGUGUUGCAGUUAAGUUGUAACUGUGACCAUGUUUUAAAGGAGGUCCCUCCUGCUUUUUGUUCUUGUCAGCAGUCUCACCUGCGGACGAUGGAUGCGUUUUGUGCCAUAACUGAUAAUUUGAUUAAAAUGGUUAA